AUGGCAAUUCUAGUCUCUCAAUGUCAACUAUUUUUCUUGGGUCUUGUCCUAGUCAUCAACUUGUUGACUCAUGAUGGAGGUGUAACAGCGAGUAACAACUCAGCUUCAUUUAGUCGAAGUAGUUUCCCUGCUGGUUUUAUUUUCGGUACAGCUUCUUCUGCUUACCAGACUGAAGGUGCAACAAAAGAAGGUGGAAAGGGUCCAAGCAUAUGGGAUACUUUCACCCAUAAUUAUCCAGAAAAAAUCAAGGAUCAUAGUAAUGGAGAUGUAGCCAUUGAUUCUUAUCACCGGUACAAGGAAGAAGUGCGUAUGAUGAAGGAAAUGGGUACAGAUGCUUAUAGAUUUUCCAUUUCAUGGUCAAGGCUUUUACCUGAUGGAAAACUAAGUGGAGGAAUAAACAAGAAAGGCAUUCAAUAUUACAACAAUCUCAUCAAUGAGCUCCUAUCCAAGGAUAUCCAGCCAUUUGUGACUUUGUUUCAUUGGGAUUUGCCCCAAGUCUUGGAAGACAAAUAUGGUGGUUUUUUGAGUCCAGACAUCAUUGAUGAUUUCCAAGACUUUGCAGAACUUUGUUUCAAAGAAUUCGGUAAUCGGGUGAAGCAUUGGAUGACUUUAAAUGAGCCAUCAAGCUUUGCUACUGUAGGCUACAAUGAUGGAUUUCCACCACGCCGAUGUUUCAAAUCGGUGGGAGAUUGUCCUGCUGGGAAUCUUGAGACCCAGCCUUACUUGGUAGGGCACCACCUACUUCUUGCUCAUGCAGCCGCAGUGAAAUUGUACAGGGAAAAGUAUCAGAAAUCUCAAAAGGGUAAGAUUGGAAUAACAUUAAACUCACACUGGAUGGUACAAUACACCGAUCAUCAUUUUGAUAUUGUGGCAGCACAGAGAGCACUUGAUUUCAUGUAUGGAUGGUUCAUCAGCCCUUUAACUUAUGGUUACUAUCCCAAGAACAUGAAAUCUACACUGAGAAAUCGCUUGCCAAAAUUUUCAAGGAAGCAAGUGAAAAUGAUUAAAGGAUCAUUCGACUUCCUCGGACUCAAUUACUAUACAGCUUAUUAUGCAACUAAAGAUGAGCAUUGCAAAGAUGCUAACUCGACUUAUAAUACAGAUUCUUGUGCUAAACUCCUGCAGGAGAAAAAUGGGACCUCCAUUGGUCCAACUACUGCUUCAGAUUGGCUUCAUGUAUACCCAAGAGGAAUAUGGGAGUUGUUGCAUUAUACUAAGAAAGAAUACAAAAAUCCAGUGAUUUAUAUUACUGAGAAUGGAGUAUCGGAGUUCAAUAACAAUACACUCACAUUGGAAGAAGCUCUAGCGGAUAAAUGGAGAAUAGAUUACUACGAUAGUCAUCUUCAAUUUGUCCACAAAGCCAUCAAGGAAGGUGUAAAUGUCAAAGGAUAUUUUGCAUGGUCACUGUUUGAUAACUUUGAGUGGAUUAUGGGUUACACAGUUCGAUUUGGUCUUAACUAUGUGGAUUACAAAGAUGGACUGAAGAGACACCCAAAGCACUCAGCCAUUUGGUUCAAGAAGUUCCUCCGAAGAACUCCAAAGACAUAG